AGUCUCUGCCUGAUCGUCGUUAAGAACAAAUCGCUGGUAAUUCGAAAAGAACGAUGUAGCACAAAUUUCUUUUUUAUUUUUUGAUUCAAUUAUAUUUUUAGUGAGUACCUCCUCAUGCGUAAAGUGAUUUUUUUUCUUCAAAUCAGCAUAAAAAGAUCCCGGAAAAAAAUUUCCUCAUUGAGAGUGAAAAAAAGUUACCCUUUUAACCUCAGGUGAAAGUGUUAUAUAUUUAGUACAUUGGUGAAAUUCUUUCAUUUAAAGAAAAAAAAAAAGGUGAAGAAGAUAUUUUCACGCAAGAUAUAAUAUAUAUUUUUUUGAGACAUUACGCUUAUUGUGUAAGAGUUUUGUGCACGAAAAUAGUUUUGCUUUCUUCCCCGGGGGAAUGUCGAAUUGGAUACCGCUGCGGAUUUUAAUAAAAUGAGCAAUAUGAACGGAAAAUCUUCCAAGGCUGGUACACAAUUUCGCAGUACCCGCUCAAUGCCUCAGUGGGUACAUGAGCAGUCAAAUCAAAUUGGGCCUAAGCCACCACCUCUACCACCAACGGAAAAUGGUAGAACACCCCCAGCAUUGCCGCCAAAAAAUACCAAAAAUGAACCUGAUUAUGAAAUUAUUGACUUUGGUGGGCAAUAUUCAAAUACAAUGCCAAUAUUUCCAGCAAAACCCGGUGAUCUGAAGAAGAGCCCAAUGAUAAAAUGCGAAUUGUGUGGAUCUACAACACCCACGAUCAAGUGUGAGCAAUGCGAUCAACAUUUGUUUUGUGCCUCUUGCGACGACAUGUACCAUCGUCACCCCAAGCGGCAGACACAUAUGAGAAAGACUGUCACAAUUGGUGAUCAAACGGUAAAGCCACCUUUACCACCAAAGGGUGAACAUUUGGUACCCGUGCCCCCACCAAGGCGCAACAAGAGAGGCAGCUUCCGACUUCCUGGUGGAAAGGAUCAGGUACAGACGACAACGGCACUUAAACCACAACCACCACCAAGUCCAGCAUUGUCUUUUCGUGAAAAAAUGAGUAGCAUCAAAAGGAUUAUGACACCAUUGAAUCGUCCCCUUCCCGACACACCCCUCUCAUCGCGACCCCAAACUCCAACAAGUGUGGGAAGUUCUGGCGGCUCUGUAUUCGACAGUAUCAAGAAGCAACCAUCAGUGGAAAUGGGAAAGAUUCAGAGCCACAAAAGCGCCACAUUGGAUCGCAUGGCAAUCCUCCAGCAACGCUACCGGCAACAUCAAGAGGCCACUAGGGGUGAAAGUGAACAGGGUCGCCGUCCGAGUACAUCAUCAAAUUGGGAAUUUGCUACCCCCGUUGAGAGUUCUUCAAAUUUUUGGGGUAUACCCAAGAAAGCCGAAAGUCUGAGGACUGGAAUGAAUCAUGAUCCAGCCGACAUUGCAAAUCAUCAUCAACAUUUUAAUUUUCCACCCCAAAACACUGAUAUGCGCAUGAGAAAUCCCAAUCUCAGUGCAUCGGUAUUUGAUCUCAAUCAACCACCAAACAUGCAGACGUCAAAGUAUCCAAAUCCUGGAUGGAAUCAUCCACAAACACUUCAACAGACGCAAUCUGUAGCACAACUGAAUUGGAUGAAUUGUAGUCAUCAAAUGCCACCUCAGUGGGGAGAUUCAUCACUUCAUGGAUCCAAUAUGAGUCUGAAUUUAACCCCACAGGGAUACUAUCGUCAACCAGCACAUGAUCCAAGAAAUCCUUGGAUGAGUACAUGGGCUGUACCACCAAUGUACCCAUAUCCCAUUGGGAUGGUUCCUGUGAUGCCAACAACUCCUCGUCUUCCACGUUCGAGGGCUCAAUCGAGAACUCAUUCCCGAGCUGCAUCACCUGCCCUCAGUAUAAAAUCCCGCAAAUCAACCAUGUCAACGCGGAUGAAUCGCCAAGAACUCUACAUGGGGCAGGAGUAUGCAGACGAUGAAGAUUCAGAUCUUGAAAUUUUCGAUGAAGAUCAAUUGAGAGGUGUUGAUCGUCGUGGUAGAAGGGAAAGUUCAGGCUACCGCGGACGACGCCCAAGGAAAAAUUCAACACAGAGUAGUGCUGAUUUUGAUGAUGAUACAGCCGAUAGUGGACCUAGCCGUGGUGUACGUCAGGGUGUUGUACGUGAUCGUAGGGGAGAUUCACUUCCGCAGUCCAUACAGAGUGAUUGGAUUCCAUCAAAGAGGGUAUCCGAUGCCAUUCGUGAACGAGAACUUAUUCAGAAAAAUAAAACACCCCACUACAUUGAUCCUCCUGUAACCCCUCCAGAAAUUGAGGAGCAUGAAGAUUCCGUGAGAAAAUCAAGCAAAUACCUUCAGGAGACAUCAAAAGAAGAACCUGAAAGGAAGGAUGACGAGGAUGAAGAGGAAAAUAUUGAAGAGAUUAUCAAUAAUUUGACCUCCUCACCUGAUAAACAACCACCUGCUGCAAGUCAGGAGGAACAACAGGAUGUUAAUGAUGCACCAAAUGGUGAUGAAGGACCUUUUGGUCCACCACCCACAGCACCAGAUUACGAAUGGGAAUGCGAAUAUUGUACUUAUGUUAAUGAGCCAAAUACCAAAAUUUGUGGUAUUUGUUGCAAAACACCAACAAAAGCUCCACAAAAAUUAAUUAUAAAUCCUAUUCCUGAUAUAACACCAAAGGACCUACCAUCACAACCACCAAAGGUGGAUCCAAUUGUGGAAAAAGUUGUGAAAAAAACUGAAAAAGCGGACGUGAAGAAGGAGAAAGAAAAUACGCCGAAAAAGAAUGACUCAGGAAGUAAGAAAGGCGUUCAAAAUGCCACAGAAUCACCCCCGCGGGACUCAAUGCAAUCAAAAGGUGGCAUUAAGGGUGAAAAGAAUAGUGCCAAUUUUUCCAAUUUUGAAGGCAAACGCGUGUCAUCCACUAAAAUAAGCACAGGAUGUGGUCCAUCGCCUCCGAAAGAAGUGAUAGAGGUACCUCAAAAUAUUUCGGAGAUCCCCGUGGUGAGUCACAUUGAGAAAACCUCUACUGGGACCUCACCACCCCCGCAAAGUGCUUCUACACAGACAUACGACUAUUUGCCACUUAAAGAUGAGGAACAUGGUGGUUCAAGUGGGGGCAGAUCAAGUCGUACGGGCGAUUUCAAGAGAUCCUAUUCAAUUGCAGCUGGUGCUAUGGCACCCAGUAUAGAUCAUCGCGCUAGAAGUCACAUGAGCUUCUCUAGUGAUACUCAAAGUCUACCACCAACGCCUCCGAGAGAAUUGAGCCCAGGGCCACGACAAGGGUUGAAUGAUAAUUAUUUCGAUGAGGAUACAUUCGCAUAUAUCGAUCGUGUUCUCAAUUCAACUCAUUUAGCCACACAGCAAAUGCAAAAAUCACUAAAUUCCCGUGAUCCCUACAGGAGCUUCAAUGACCUCCGACGACCCGAUAUUUAUUCCUCAAAGAAGCCCUCAUAUCGUGAUCUUUCAAGCACAUACAAAUACUCCAGAAGAGCUGAUUCUCAACCUCCUGACCAUACUAUUCUCACACUUGAGGAUCUAAAGGUGAAACGUCGUCAGGAUGCAAUGCAGAGCCCUGGAAUGGAGCUAAUUCGAAUGUUGAGGGAAGCUGAACAACACAAUUUCACCGCGGAGGAACUUCAGGCAGCUCUAGCCCAUUGUGGGGAUGUAAAUCCUGUAACGUGGCUCCGUGAAAAUUGGCAUAAACUUGUGGAGACUGUACAAACAUUAGCCACAAAGUAUGGCCAGGAAAGAAAAGAAAAUAUAAUUGGAACAAUUUCGGCAAUUGAAGCGAGAGAAUCUCUGCGAAUUCAUCGUGGAAAUGUAUGGCAUGCAGUAACUGAAUGUAUUGAACAACGACAGAGGAAGUACCAUGAAAUAUCUCAUCGUGGAAAUUAUCCUCGUGAGGACAUUGUGACAUCAUUAACAGCCCAUCAUGGAAAUAUGGAACUUGCCCUUGUGGAAUUGGGCAAGAGUCAAUUGAAACCAUUUUUAAUGCGAAUUUGGGGACCACCAUCGGGAGCAGAUAAUGAGAGUGGCAAUUACAUGCAGGAAAAUCAUUUAAAGACCUCGUGGGAGAGGGAUCAAAUGAGAUUAGAAGAUUUAACAGUUCAAGAUUAUCUCAAUUUGUACGAAGAACGUCAAGCAGCAUCAAAUGUUAAACAUAAAUCACCAAUAAGAACAUUCAAUUCAUCUUCAAGUAUCUCCAUAAAUUCAUCGGAGAAUCGUGAGGGUCAAUCGGAUGCAGAUCAAUUGAGUGAUGUGACUAAAAAUUCGAAUAUGUUGAGAGACAUUGAGAUCCUCAUUGGGAAUAUGGAGCAAAAUCAAGCGAAACAAAAUGAGAAUAUGAUGAAGAAUAUUGAGAAUCUUUUGGGAAGUAUCCUUACAAAGGUAUCUCGUCCACAAUCUGUGGCAUCUGAUUUUUCAGCACUAAGCCAUCAGGAGAGAAUGCUGAAUCUAAAAAGCCCCUUGCCACAGACGUCGUCAUCCCUGAAGCCCAAUCUGGAGGAUGUUACAGAUGUUGGAAAUGACGUGAAACUCUUUGUUUCUCAACACAUACAAGAAAUUGUUCCAAAUUUGGUGGAUCAAAUUGAAAAGGAAUUGCAAGAAGAUGUAGAAGAAAUUGAUGAGGAAUCUCCUAAAGAAAUUAAUGAAUUAGAUAUUAAUAGUAUAGACGAUGAGAUUGUUUUAGUUCCCAUAACAGCUGAAAGAAAACAAUCAAAUCAAGAUGAAAUAAUUCCUGUUAACAGUGAAUUAGAAGUUGUACGAAUAUCCAUGGAAGACGUUGAAAGAGAUCAAGAAGAAAAUAAUAAGCACGACAAAGUAUUACAAAAUGAAAGAGAAAAUAAUCUUCAAAAUGAGCCUGAGUCAACAACAGUAAAUGAUCAACGAGAAGAAGCCCCAACACCUCUUCAAAAUCCACCAGAAAUCCAUUCACAUCCUCAAGAACAAGAAGCAUCAGAACAUGUUGCGAAAAGCCCAUCUCCAAUGAAGCAAAAAAUAAAGAAACGAAAGACAUCAACAAUUAAGAAAGAUAGAACACAGAAUAGAAAUGCUAUUUACAUUGAUUCAAGUGAACAUGAGGAUAGUUUAGAUAAUUCGGCGGCGUCUCAAAUUAAAAUUAGUACAAAGAGUAUUAUUCUUCAGCAUAAAAACUUUGAAGAAAAUGCUCCUGCUGUAGCACAAAAUGAAAAGAAAAUUGAAAAUGAAAUGCAAAAGGAAAGGAUUUUCAAAUCAACAAUUCAAAUAACACCAAAGACGGAAUUACCGGAAGAUCCUGCUCCUCCCGCUCCUCCUAGUUUAUCAACAGGCAGCACAAAGACAAGUCAAAAUCUAUCAGAACUUGUGGAAAAUACCCAAAAGCUCAUUAAGCAAAUGAAAGAGGAAAUAACUUCGGAUAUUGCAUCAAUGGACAAUACGGAAUACAGUUCCGAUGAUGACUAUGGUGAAUCCUUUGAGUGGACUGAAGAUGAAGAAAUGGAUGAAGAGGAACAAACUGAUGAAGAUUUAGAAGAAAUUGACGAAGAAGAAGAAGAAGCUGAAGAUGAGAGUGAAAAUUCAAAUGAGGAAAAUGAGGAAGAGGAAGAUGAUGAGGAAGAGGACCAGGAAACCCAAAGUGAUAAUGAUGAAUGGGUGGAAACCAAUGAAGAGCUUCCAUUGAUUGAUGAAAAAGAAUUAAAAGAAGCUCCACACGCAGUUCUUGUUCAAAUUGCAAAAGAAAGUAUGAGCCCAGAAAGUGAUAGUUAUGUUGAAGCAAGAGAAUCUUUAGAGAAAGAACUGAAUAUUGGUGAAACUGAGAAAAUAAUUAAAGUUGAAAUUAUUGGUAGUGAAAUUGUGCCAGAAGAGGGUAACACACUACAAAUUGAAGCAAUUGAAGCAAUUGAAGAUGUAUCAAAUGAAUCCUUGAAUGAACUACCAGAAGAAAUUAUUCCUGAACCAGUGGAAGAUAAAGAUGAAUCUGCAAUUGACAAUAAAAAUGAAGAAAAUGUUGAAUCAAAUGAUGUUGCACCAAAUGUUUCUGAAAACUCUUUACAUGAAAGCAAUGAAAAUGGUGAAUUUUCCCAACAGGAUAAUGGCCAGGAAAAAGGAGAAAAUAAUCCUGAAGAUAGUACAAAAAUUCUUGAAGAAGCAAAUAUAAAUUCAGAAGAUACCAUCAAGGCAGAUGAACAAGAAAAUCAAAGAGAAGAAGAGAAGAAUUAUCAACAUUUUACUCCCCAACAAGAAGUUUUGGAAGAUCAAAUAAAUCCUGAGGAAACUGAAAGUAAUAUAUCGAUUAAAAAUGAAACCCACGAAAUUAAUGAUUUAGCAAAUCAACAAAUUGUAAAAGAAGAAUCCUUGGAAGAAGAAAAAAUUCAAGAACAAACCAUUGAUCAAGAAAUUGAAACUCAAACAGAGAUCAUUUCUGCAGAGGAGGAGACCACCAUCAAAAUCGACGUAGAAGUUAAUGAAAAUAUUGAAACACCUGCUGAAGAAACCAAAUUAAUUAAUCCACAACAAAUAAUCAAUAUUAAUUCAGAAGAAACAGAGAGUAAAGCAGAAUCAGAAGAAGCAUCAAUGCCCAAUGAGACUAAUCAUGUUGUGGAAGUAAUUGAAUCACCAAAAGUGUCACCACCAAAGGAUACAAGAAAGAUUCCCGUGCGAAAGAAGUCCAUCCCCGGACCAAGGAUACAUAGAUCCAAUAGUAUUAAAGCAAUUCAAGCAGAACUAUUCCAGAAGGUCGAUUCAAAACCCAAAUUAGAGACAAAAACGACUAAACCAUCAAAACUUGUACCACCGAAACCAAUUUCAAAAACCGGCAUAGGGGCACUAACGAGCAAAAUUACCCAACUUCUCACUCCUGCUGCUAAUGAUCGAAAAGGUGAUUCGCGAAAAUCCACAAAAUCCAGUCUUUCACCGGAAAAACCCAAUUCAGUGGCAACACCACCACGAAAAGAUGCGAAGAUUCCGAAGAAAAAGUACCAUGAGACGUGUUUUAGUGAUGAUUACCAAUCAAGUGAGGAAGAUGAGCAACCGCAGAAGAAGACGGAAAUUAGAGUAAUUAAGAAAAUCUACAGUAUUCCCCAAGAAGAUGAAGAUCCUAUGCCUGUUGAGGAACGUGCUAAACAACUCCUUGAUGAAGGACUUGUGAAUAAUUUGGCAAUUGGACAUGUAGCUGCAACACUAAUUGACCUAAAGUUCUCAAAGGAAUCAGCUGCGUGGGCUGCUAGUGAAUGCUGUGAUCUCGAUGGUGCAUUGAUCUUACUGCAGCAAGAAUGUGAACUCUGCACGGGAAAAUAUCCCAUGAAUCAGAUGAUAUCAAUGCUCAAAUGUACCCAUAGAUGUUGCCAUGAAUGUGCUAGAAAUUAUUUUACUAUUCAGAUCACAGAUCGCCUUAUUAUAGAUUGUGUGUGUCCAUUCUGCAAAAUGCCCGAACUUCAUGGUAAUGAUGUAUCCGAAGAUGAUGUUCUUGAGUAUUUUUCCAAUUUGGAUAUCCUCCUGAAGAGUAUCCUUAGCGAGGAUGUGCACGAACUAUUCCAGAGGAAACUACGCGAUCGUACACUUAUUCAGGAUCCUAACUUCAAAUGGUGCGUCCAGUGUUCAUCGGGAUUCUUUGCAAGGCCACGCCAGAAAAGGCUAAUCUGCCCGGAUUGUGGAUCCGUAACUUGUGCAAUGUGCAGAAAACCAUGGGAGAAACAGCAUGAGGGAAUUUCCUGUGAAAAAUUCACCGAGUGGAAGGAAGCCAAUGACCCCGAUAAGCAAGCCGAAGGUGUUUCCAAACACCUCCAAUUACACGGAAUUGAUUGUCCUAAAUGUAAAUUUCGCUAUGCUCUAGCAAGAGGUGGUUGCAUGCAUUUCACCUGUACUCAAUGCAAAUAUGAAUUUUGCUAUGGAUGUGGAAGACCUUUUAUGAUGGGUGCUAAAUGCAACAUAUCACAAUAUUGUGCCAAACUUGGCCUUCAUUCACAUCAUCCCAGAAAUUGUCUUUUCUACCUGAGAGAUAAGGAACCCCAUGAAUUACAGAAGCUUCUAAAAAUGCAUAAGAUAUCAUACGACACAGAACCCGUAGAGGCGCUAAAAUUUCGCAAUGAAGAUGGAGCUAAGGCUGUAAUGAGAUGCCCAAUUCCCCUACAAAAGGAAACACCCACAGGAUUGGUGGAUAUCAUUUGCAAUGGGGAUGUUCUCGAUGGAUAUGCUGGACUUUGUCGACAACACUAUGUGGAGUACUUGGUGAGUGCGGUGUCUAAUGCCAAUGUCGAUCCAUUGCCAAUUUUGGAUUUAACUGACUGUGUCCAAGAAUUACGUCGUAGUGGCAUUCCACUCCCGGAACGUGGACCCUGGGAUACGGAUGAGAUUUACCGUGGAAUGUGCCAAGAGAUUGUAAAAGCACAAAUUCCACUCAACUAAUAGCAUCUUUGGUGGUUACAUCCUCAGCAAGAGCAUUAGGCAGCAUUAUUUAUUAGUAUGAGGGAAUGUGGUGAAAAAUAGCUCUAUUAUUUAAUAAAGCUAUUUUAGCAUCGUGUGGAGCUUA